GUUAGAAACUAGUAAAAUAGUAUUAGAUUAGAUACUUAUAAGUUACCCGUUAAGACAUUAUUUUUUAAUACAGCACAAGUUGUUAUUUCUUAUUUAUGUGUAAUAUUUAUCUCCGUGCCAAAAGUCAGGACUUUGAUAAACUACAAACACGUAUUUGAAGAUUCCGCCAAUAAAUAAAAGGUUAGUUUCUAAUUUAUAUGAUUGAGGUUUGAUGUACCUAUACAAAUUUAAUGAAAUAAUAUUAAAAUUAUUAUACCUAUUUAUUGAAGUAGGUGCUAUACUAUGUUAAUUCCAAUAUUCUCGGCAGAACGAGAUUGCCAAUUAUUUUACCAUUUACAAUAUGUGUAUAUGUUUACAUAUAUAUAUAUAUAUAUAUAUAAAUAUACAUGUUACAGUUAAAACCCGAAAUCCGUCAAAACUAGUUUCGACAAAUUCCUUUAGUCAUUUCCAGUAUUGACUAGUUAGUAAAAGUCCGUAACUUUUAUAUUUUGAUAAUUUAAACUAGUUUUAACUAGGCAAAAGUAGAAAUAAGUACAUAUUAGGAUAAUUUUAUAGGCAUCUAUUAUAUCGUUUAUUUGUAUAAAUAUAUAUGUAUAUACAUAAUAUGCAUAUAUGUAACAUAUGUAACAAGAAAAUCAAAUACAGUUAAAGAUAUUAAUAUCAUUUACUCUUUGUAAAAAUACGAAAUAUAUUCGAAAAAUCAGCUAUAACAAGUAUGCAAACUUUAACUAACUAAUUUGUUACUUAUAUUUCGUUAUAAAAUUUAAAUUUCGUUUGGAAUAUGACUGCAUUAAUCAAUAAUGCAAUUAAUUAUACGUAUCAAUAAUGUAACUAUAAUAAAAUAUGUAACCACAAAUUUACAACCUAACAAAAAAAUACACAAUUAUAAAAUUAAUAUCAAAUAUAGAAAUAUAUAAUUAAUGUUUUUGUCUAUUUGUCAAAUUUCAAAAACAAAAUUAAAUGUUUAUGUAAACAAAACAAAAAUUGUUGGACCAAUAAACUAGAUAAUACAGAGUAUUUAAUAAUCACCUAAUACCAAUUUAAUGUUUCAGCUACUGCGAUGAAUACAUCAUUGUUAAUAACAUGUAUAUUGCUCGUAAGUAUUAUAAUAAUAUUAGAUUAUAUGAAUAUACAAAAAUAAGUCAAUUCAAUUUGUUUAACUACAGGGUUUGCAAGAUGUGACAUUUAUUGCUUCGAUGAGUGAGUACGCAAUUAUAAUAUCAUAUAACCUGGCUCUUCCAUUACAAAACUCAAUAUUUGAUUCAUUAACAUAAACCAUUGAGAUAUAACCCAAUAAAAUAUUGUAAUAUAAUUGGAACGUAUUAGAUAAAAUAUUAUUGAGCACGUUAAUCGCUGAAAAAUUAAAAACCUAAAAUAUUUCUAUGACAAAAAACUUAAAGAAAUUUCGUAUUAGGUAAUAUUUAUAUAAUAUAUUUCUAAACAAUACUUAAAUUAUAGUCUCGAUUUAAAUUACCUUUUUACCACGCGUAGUGUACCCCAAAUAACGUCCUAAAAGGCUUAAGAUUUACCAAACUUGGCUAUCGUACUGCCCUAGACCUCACGACGAUGCAAACCAUUCACCCAGCUAUUCAUAACCAUCCUAAAAAUGGCCCUUGCCAGGACCACCAGAUUCGAGAUUUGGACCCCAGUUCCAUGUCUUGCAACAUAACAUAAAGGGCAACAGCCAUAAUAAAACUAAUUAACUAUCCAAACUACUAUAUAACAACAAAAUAAAAGUUCUACUCCUACAAGAAACCUAUCCCUAAAAAGAAGAUGAUCUUCUAAAUAUAGAGGCAAUAUUACUGGCUUUAGAUAAGAGCGUGCCACAUACUACAACAAAUACGGAACCGCAACAAUUUUGCAGCAACAUACAUCGGAAGUGAUAUCUCUAACUAGGAACGCAUUUGCACUACAAUAACUAAUAACAUCUCACUUAACCAUGUAAGAAUAAGAAAAAUCAACAUAAUAAACUACUUUGUGAGAAGUUGAAAGAUACAUCCUUUCCCCACGCAAAGCACCUUACUCUUAUUAUCGGCGAUUUUAAUAGCUACCGUAAUACAUGGGGCUAUGGCACUGAUGAUGACAAUAGGAACACACUAAAUAAUUGGAUAAAACAAAAAAAUGUAGCUCUUAUAAUUGAGUUAAAGGGUGUAAGAACAUUUAAAUCUUUAUGAUGGUAAAAAGAUUAUAACCCCAAUUUCAGUUUCAUAACAAGAAACAAGAAUGGGCUUCCAGCAAAAACAAAUGGACUGGUUCUCGACGACUUUCACUGAAUUAAGGACAGGCCGAUUUUUAUUAAAGGAACCUUAAAACUACGGACCGUAAUAACUAAAUUAAAUAAAUAUUUAAAAUAAAAUAUAAUACGUGAAUGGCUUUACUGGCUGUGAUUGUGGACGACGCCGUUGGAUCACAAACUGAGGACGAAUCUUAACACCGUCGUGAAUGAUGUCGGGGCGACGAGAGUUCGCGCGCUCACGGGGUCCAGCACCAAAGCAAGCGGGAACGUGACGGCCAUGCGUAAACGGACAACGAAAGAAAAUCGUGGAAUCAGCUAAGGAAAAUCAACCCCAGAAAAAAGAAAAACAACCACGUUGACCAUGCCAAACGCAUUUUCAAACCGAAUAAAUGAACCUUCUAGAGCAAAAAUAGAUAAAAUUUAUAACAAAAAAAAAAAUUAAAACCGAACUAAGGUAAAGAAAUAGUAAUACUGAACUAAAAUCUAUCUUUGUGAAAGAUUUUACUGACACUGAAAUAAAAAAGGCUGAUUACUAAAUUUCUACGGAUUAUAAUCUGCUAAACCCUACGUAAACUAUUAAACAACAUACUAAGCAACAAAAUACUCCAGGUGGUCAUUGGCAUUUUUGGAUUUUUUUUUAAUUCUUUAAGUAGUUUUAAUGGUAAUUGAAAAAAAAAACAUAAAGGAUAUCUGAUAAAUUUAUGACAAUGAAAAUUUCAUUAUUUUUGAUUAGGUAUUUUUAUUUUAACUCAGUUAAAAAUUGCCAUAGAUACUUGAAAUAUUCACAGAAUUCAUAAAUUAGCCUUUUAUAGAUAUGAUCAAACAUGGUGUUUAAAAUUUCCUGGCAAUUUUUGAGUUAUUUAUAGAAACUUGACAUUUUAAAAUUCUUUUUAGUUCUUAGUUUAAUGUGGAUAAAAUUGUUUAGCUGAAUAAAAAUACUUGAACAUUUAAUAAAAUGUUAAUUUUAUGUUUAGCUUAGUAGUCAAGAAAAAAAUUUGAGCAUUAUUUAGUAGUUUUCUAUAUAACCGUUUAAAGGUAAAUUUUUGAUAAAAAUCAUAAAAAGUACUGGAUUUCAAACAAUUUCAAAAAAAACUUCGCUCUGAAUCGAAUUUUGCAGUGUCAUAUCAUUGUAUAAAGAUACAAAUCAAAUAACUUUAUGUAUUCUAUUUUCAAAACUUUCUACAUAAAACAAUAGCACAAUUAUUCCCAGUGUUAGGUCUUUUUCACCGUCAUUUUUCAUUUUUCAUUUAAUUUGACCAAAAUAUAUCAGUCGUUCAAAAAAAAAAAAAUUAAAAAACACAUAUCAUUGUUUAUCUUUAUGUUAAACAUGGAAAAAAUGUUUUUAAUAUAUUUUACACAGGCAUAAAUGGAAAUGCCAAUGCUCAAGGACAAUUACUAAAGGAUAAAUCAGUACCUGGUAAGAUACUAUGUUUAAUUAAUAUUUGAUUUAUAAUUAAUAUUUUUUUAUGAACAUGAUUUUAAUGGUAUAAGGAAUAUUUUUACGCAAAUUAUACAUGAUGAUUAAAAUAACUUAAGACAGUCAUUAUCUCAGAAAGUAUUAAUUUUCUCAGAAUCUGUUUUUAAUGAUUGUAAGUUAUAUGUACAUCUAAAAUUUUGAAUUUGUGUUUUUUUUUUAUCACCCUGAGUAAUAAUUUAUCUUAAAAAUCAAAAAAUAGAUGGAAUAUUAGUUUAAAUACAUUUUGCUGAUAACAUUUUUAAUUUCCGUCAACCCAUUGUUGAGAUAUUCCAUUUUUAAAUUUGGUUAGGCUGGGUGUAAUAGAACACUAUUCAAAUAUCACAUACACGACGCCACACUAAUAAUUCUCCACUGCUCCCCAGAAACCAAACUUAAAAAUUGAAUAUCUCGUCAAUAAGUUGGCAAAAUCAAAAUAUAUUUAAAUUAAUACGUCAUUCUAUUUAUGGAAUUUGUAAUAUAGGCUGUCGUUUAAAAGUCAAAUAGAUUUAAUAUUUACACAAUCAAAAAUUAGGGUGACAAAAAAUAACAUUAACCUAACAUUUUAAAGUGGCUUGUUCCUUACAAUUUAUAAAUAACAAAUUCCGAAAAAAUGGAUAUUUCGAUGGAAAUAAAAGGUGUCUUUCAUUUUGUUGAUCCUCUUGUCAUAUUAUUAUUUUAUACUAAUUUAUAAUAUUUAUUAAAAAUUCAAAAAUGUGUCUGUCUGUUUUUGUCACCUUUUCAUGAAAAAACUAUGAAUAUUGAUCUUGUUACAAUUUGGCAGGGAGACAAUUAAGUUACUUUUUACUUUAAAUUUUAACACUUAUUGAUAUUUUGUUAAAAACAAUUGAAGACUAACUUUUAAAGGCUUUACUUUUACCCCAUAAAGUCAAUCACUCAAAUACUGUACAAAUAUAAUAAGUAGUACCUAACAAAUAAUAAUACAUUAUAAGUGUCUAAAUAUAGUAAAUAUAAUGUUGUUAUAGGAAAUAGAUAUAAUAUUUUAUUUUUAAUAUAAAUGCAGUGGAUAAUGAAAAAAAAAACAUUGGUCUAAUUCAGAUUUUUUAAUUUAGACAAUUUCUGAAUUUAAUAUAGAAAUGAAAAAGGUACUUUAUGAUUAAUUUUUUAAAAUUUUUAAAAUUUAGUACCAAGUAAAUAUAAUUUUAAAUACGGCUGUUAGUAACGUAGCUACAAAAACAUAGCGAGCUUGAAGUGAAUCGUGGAAAAACAAAAACUGAUUUUUGCACACCAACCGUUAAGACAUAAACUAUUUAAUAAACUUAUAAAUUAAUAAAAUGCAUAAGAACUAAAUAUAAUAUUUAAUUAGUUAAUUAUUUUGAACAAGUAGUUAAAAAUGUUUCAUCGUAAACAAAUAGUUGUAUUUUAAUAAUAUUUCGAUCUUUAAUACAAUUUUGAAUGAAAAUUAACAAAUUUUAAAAUAAUUAAUUACGAAUUUUUAAUCACUUAUGAAUAAUGUAAUAUUAUUACAAACUAAAUUAUUUUACCCGUUUAUCUAUUAGAAAGAUUAGAUGUCCGUUAUUUUUCCGAUAUUACUUUUAAAAUAUUCCUUUUAAAUUAAACUUUUUCCUGUUUAUUUAUUUUCUAUUUUUUCUGUAAUACACUAUAUUAAAUUUUAAAAUUUGUAUUAAAAAAAAAGGCGGACAUACUUCGUAUGAUGGGUGGACGACUGUUGUAGAUAAGAAGUUAAGAAGGUAGGAUAUAAAGGGGAAUUUAAUGUAUAUCUGUAAACAAUGAUAAAUCAUUGCUAACGAAAAACGAUUUUGAAUGGAGCUCGGUUAAUAGAAAUAAUUUUUCAAAAAUACACAAUAUAUGCGUACGUGUAAUAUUCUAGUAAAAUAAAUAUACAUAUAUUUAAAUAAUUUGUAUGGACCAGUGACUAGAUUUGUUAAUUACAUUUAACAAUCGCAGAAACCAAUCGAAAAAUUGUUAGGUUUUACAAUUAGAAAAAAACUAAAAUCGUGUUGUCUAACUGAUUACACCAGUUAAAAUUCGGCCACAAUUUUUAUUUUUUCAUUACCAUCUCUGAUAACCUCUACCAGAAUUAAUGUUUGUUUAUAAUAUAUUAUACAGGGUAACCCGCUAAGCGUGCUCACCCCAUGUUUUUGGUUACAAUUUGCAUAUAUUCAAAUUAUGAUUUUUGGAAUUUUUAACUGUUGUUAAAUCCGAAAUUUUUGAAUACUUUGUUUUUUUAAAUGAAAACUUACACAAAAUAAAUUCCAAAAAUAGAUGAAGUAUUACUUUAAAUAAAUUUUGGUGUCAACAUUUUUGAUAUCCGUCAACCCGUUAACGAGAUAUUUCACUUUUAAGUUUAGAUAGGGAGAAGUACUGGAGUAUCAUUUGUGGCAGCAUGGUGCGUAGCGUUUUCUUUAUACUCCACUACUCCCCUUGUCUAAACUUAAAAGUUAAAUAUUUCGUCAACGGGUUGACAGAAAUCCCGAACUUUAAAACCAAAAUGUAUUUUAAGUAGUACACCAUCUAUUUAUGGAAUUUUUAACAUAGAUUCUCAUUUGAAACACCGAAAUUGAUAUCAUCACAGAAUACUCCUUAAAUGUUAUAAAAAUCUAAGUAUUCAAAGAUAGCGCCUUUAACAACACUUAAAAAUUUCAAAAAUCAGAAUUUGGAUAUAUGCAAAAUGUAACCAAAAAAAAAGUGGUGACCACGGUUAGUGAGUUACCCCCUUGUAUAUAAUAUAUAUAUAUACUGAUAUAGUAAAAUAUUAUACAAAAAUACAUACAUACAUACAUACAUUCAUACGUACAUUCAUACAUAGAAGGGACCAUAAAUAGACAUUUUUUAUUUAUACAGGUCAAAAACCACAUGUUGUCAAUGAAAUCGUUCAAAGAACCGUUCCACCAUUUGUCAGGCAAAUCGAUCAGGCCCGGAUAACCCCGGAAAAUUCCGAAGUUGAACAAAAUCGUUUCAAGAGAAAGAUCCAAACUUAACAUAAACAAACAUCUGAUAUUUCCAUAAAAAUAAAUAUAAACAAAUAAUAACCAAUAAUUUUAAUAAGAUAAAAUGUGAUUUAAUUAUUUAAUAUAUUU